AGCAGAUAUUUCACUCACGUGGCGGUUGCUUUAGCUAAAUCGUUAAGUAAAGUUUUUUUUUUUUACUACGCUACGAUUUGUCGGCUGUGUUUAUGCUUUAACAGAUUACAGGCCUGAAUACAGGAUCUACGAAAAAUAAAAAUAAAGAAAAAAGUUUUUGCGUUUAAACGCCGCAAUUUAGCCGUUGUUUCCGACCGACUAUGAAGAAAGAUGGCAGAGUGUUUGUUGAAUCUGCAAACUGAGCUUCACUCUUUCAUGCAGGUUUUGUUCAAAUCGAUCGUGUAUGAAGUUUCGGAAGUUUUCAGAAACAGGGUAUCAGACACCGAGGACGAGUUUCAAGACAAACUCCGCAGCGUUUCCCAGAUCCUGGUGAGACGGGCCGUGUUUAAAAUCACACCGUGUGUGGAGGACUGUGUCGGGAGUGAAAUGGCGGAGCUGAAGAAGGAAAACGAGAGCCUGAAGUGGAGAUUGCAACUUUGGGAGAAGAAGUCGGGAGAAGCAGGAGAUCAAGGACUGACGGAUCAUGUUGGACACACGCUUCUCUGUGAAGUCGCUGCAGAAAUAAAAGAAGAAAUGGACACGAAACCGGAGCUGUCAGGCUCAGAGGCCAGUGUUCUCUGUGAAGCUAGGGAAAGGGCUCCUCUUGAACAGCAGCACAGUGAGGAGGAGUGGGGCUCCAGUCUGAUGCAGGAGACAAAGCUCACUGCUGCAGAAGGGAAAGAGAAACUCAGUGAGAAGUACACAGAGAGCAGACAGAGUGUCGAGGAUCUGCACAGCAUGAAGAUAGAACCUGAGAGUGAGACACUUGGGUUCUUAAUAUUUACAGAGAAGAUUAAUCAUCUGGAUACGAAGAAUAUUGCAGAACAUUGUGAUGAACUUGACUGCGUCUCUGUACAAGAACUCGAAGAACUGAGUGAGUUUAAUCUUACAGAGCAGGACAUGGAGCCCCAGUUGAUUGACCCUGCAGAGCAGGGGAAGGAGCCCCAGGUGAUUCACACUGCUGAGCAGCACACUGAGGGGCAUAAUGGAGAAAACAAAUAUCAGUUUCAGCACACAGAGCAAGACCAUUCCAUGGAGCAUUUGCAAAAUAAGAGACGCCAGCACAAUCAGAGGAUGAGAAAGAAUCACUCAAGGCCUUCCUCAGAUGGAGUGGACAAAGAGGAGCAGCAUUUCUGUCAGUCUAGCAUUUCAAAAACCUUUUGCACAGGAGAGAAACCUUUCAGCUGCAGUCAGUGUGGGAAGAGUUGUAAAGACUCAAGUGCUUUAAGAGCCCACCAGCGCAUUCACACAGGAGAGAGUACAUUCAGCUGCAGUGAGUGUAGCAGAUGUUUUAGUCAGUCAAGUCACUUAAAAAGACACCAGCGCAUUCACACGGGAGAUAGACCAUUCAGCUGCUGUCACUGUGGGAAAAGUUUUAGAGACUUAAGUGCCUUAAGAGCCCACCAGCGCAUUCACACAGGAGAGAGACCAUUCAGCUGCAGUGAGUGUGGUAGGAGUUUUAGUCAGUCAAGUCACUUAAAAAGACACCAGCACAUUCACACAGGAGAGACACCAUUCAGGUGCAGUCAGUGUGGGAAGAGUUUUAUAGACUCAAGUGCUUUAAUAGCCCACCAGCACAUUCACACAGGAGAGAAACCAUUCAGCUGCAGUAAGUGUGGGAAGAGUUUUAUUAAGUCAAGUAACUUAAUAGUCCACCAACGCAUUCACACAGGAGAGAGACCGUUCAGCUGUAGUCUGUGUGAGAAGAGUUUUAGUCAUUCAAGUACCUUAAGAGCCCACCAGCGCAUUCACACAGGAGAGAGACCAUUCAGCUGCAGCCAGUGUGGGAAGGAUUUUAUUCGGUUUAGCCACUUACAAACACACCAGCACAUUCACACAGGAGAGAGACCAUUUAGCUGCAGUCAGUGUGGGAAGAGUUUUAGUGAUUCAAGUACCUUAAGAGCCCACCAACACAUUCACACAGGAAAGAGACCGUUCAGCUGCAGUCAGUGUGGGAAGAGUUUUAUUAAAUCCAGUAACUUAAGAGCCCACCAGCGCAUUCACACAGGAGAGAAACCAUUCAGCUGUAGUCAGUGUGGGAAGAGUUUUAGUGAAUCACAUGACUUAAAAAAACACCAGCGUAUUCACACAGGAGAGAGGCCGUUCAGCUGCAGUCAGUGUGGGAAAUGUUUUCGUCUAUCAAGUAACUUAAGAGCCCAUCAGCGCAUUCACACAGGAGAGAGACCAUUCAGCUGCAGUCAAUGUGGGAAGAGUUUUAGUCGGAUAAGCCACUUACAAACACACCAGCGCAUUCACACAGGCGAGAGACCAUUUUGUUGCAGUCAGUGUGGGAAGAGCUUUAGUGACUCAAGUGUCUUAAGAGCCCACCAGCGUAUUCACACAAGAGAGACCGUUCAGCUGCAGUCAGUGUGGGAAGAGUUUUAGUCGGAUAAACCACUUACAAACACACCAGCGCAUUCACACAGGAGAGAGACCAUUUUGUUGCAGUCAGCCUGGGGAAGAGUUUUAGUGAC